ACUGGCGGUCGCCUCCUCGGGUCUGCUGCAGGGAUUUCGCCCGUCGGAGGUGGGCGCCCUCCAAGCACCUGGAUCCUGACUCUGCCGGUGCCCCUCCCUCCCCAGGGGCAGGCCCGCCCCCGCCGUGCAGGGGGAGGGCGGGCCUCCCGGUUGCCAGGCAACCGCGUCAACAAGUCCAGGAGAGUCAGGGCUCAGUUGGAGGCUCAGACCCCGGAAGGCGGAAAGGCCCCAGGUCUCCGCAUUUUCUCAGUGGACAGAGAACCAGCCGGUGGGCAGGAAGGGAAUUUCCUGAAACUCGGCGGAUCAGAAAUGUCUGGUUGACAGCAGGGAGCGGGCCGAGCAUGCAGUCGCCAGCAGAGAAGGAGGCCGGGCUCCGGGGCCCGCGGGAGCGAACCGGAAAGGGGUCCCUUGAGGAACGCGCCCGGGGGGCGCCCGCGGCGCAACCCCCCAAGCCAGGGUGGGCCCUGACGCUGGAGGGGCUGGCGGCCAUGAGCCCCGCGCAGCGUCACCGCCACCUGCUCUUCGGUGACCAGCUUGAGGACGUGGGCGCGGCCGCCUCUAUCUUCCCGCGCGAGUCAGUGGAGCUGGGGAGCCGUAUGCCCGACCCGCGUGCGUGGACGCAGUCACCGGAGCCGCCCGGCGUGCGCCAGGACCGGCUCCUCGGCGUCCUCAAGGCAGCCGAGGCCCGGGGACGAAUCCGCGCCUUGCGGCUGCGCUACAUCCGCAUGCGGGCGGAGGAGAUCUCGCUCCUCACCAGGCAGCAGAAGUCCGCGCGCGCCGCCAUCCGGCUGGAGCUGUUCCUACCGCCGCAGCUGAAGCCCACGCGGAUCCCGGACCCCCUGGAUCGUCAAGAGAGGAGGCGCGUGGAGACCAUCCUGGAGGAGAAAGUUGACGGCAGCGUCUUCCCACGUUGACGCGGCCCCACCCUUCCACAUAAAGUUCUCACGGUUCAA